AUGGCCAUCACCGCAACCUCCUCGACCCCUCCUCUCUCCCCCGCCGAAGUCGCCCAAAUACCCUCUCCCUCCCUCCCAAUCGGACCGCAGAUCUCGCACCUCCUCUCCGAGUUCACCACCCUCUCUAUCCAGCUCUUCACGAUCCUCUCGACGACUUCGCCGUCCGCUAGCGCGGGCUCUAAAGCCUCCACCGCGGAGAUCUACGAGUCGCUCGGAGCGUUGGACGCGAAGCUCGCUCGCUUGCUCGUCAUGUCUGCCGAGCACCAGCGACGACAACAGCGCGUCGAAGCGCUCAUCUCAACGCUGCGCACACUCGAUUCGACCUGGCACGAGUCCGCCUCAACCCUCCAUUCCUGCGUCUCCUCGCUCGACCCAAUCGUCGCAUCCGGCGCGCUCGACCGCACCGCCAUCUCCACCGCCCAAUCCGCGUCCCUCACGCCCUCCCAGAUUCUCUCUUACGCCCGCCUCCUCGCACCCUUCACCUCCGCUCCACCUUCCUCGCUCUUCCCGCCUGAAAUCAAGCUCAAAGGAGUAGGCGCGACAGACCCUACGGGACGGAGUUUGCCAAUGGGCGCGAUUCCGCCGUUCCCGACUGAGGCGGCGAUGAGGAGGGGACGGUUGCAAUUCGGAAGGGAGGGCCUGAUGCAGGGGUUGGGAGCGACGGAGGAGGUGGGAGCUCGAAGAGACGGGCCAGCAGCACCCGCCGAACCCGCGAUACCGAAAGCAGACGCCGCGGCGCGCCUCGAGCAAGAGGCGAAGGCGCACCAGGUCACGGCGGCGGGAGGAGCGGGCGCCGCUCCGCCCCAUCCAGGCUCGGGAGACGGGAUGGACGUUGAAGAGUUUGAGUUUGACUUGGACCUCAAUCCGGACUUGUAG